AUGAACAUGUCAAAUCACGCUGGUCAGUCUAAUGGGUACCCAUCAGAAGUUUUCCAUUUAAAACGGAGCCAUAUAACACAGCGUUGGCACCAGAUAGCAGAAAAGACGGUAAAGAUCCGUUUCAACCUUCCUUUUAUUUCGGAUGAUAUGAGCAAUGCAGUGCGAGCUAGAUUACCGAAGGUGAGCCUACAAAACUUGGUCAGAGUAGUGGAUGUACUACUUGCGAACUUGAAGAAGCAGCUAGUCUGCAAUCGUGCUUAUGACAGAAUUUGCGAGACACCGAACUGCGUCAUAUGUCCGAAUGGAAGGCAAGUGGACUGUGUGGUAACAGGAGUUAUCUAUCUGACCUGCUGUCAACAAUGUGGGGCUGAGUACAUCGACGAAACAGGAAGAGCACUAUGUACUCGGGUCAAGGAGGACUUAGACGGACUCGUAAAAUCAAAAUGGUCGGCCCUUUAG